AUGGACGGGCUGAGGACGGUGGCCGCCAACAAGCUGGACGGCUGGAUCAUGGAGACCCUGCAGCCCAGCACGGAUUUCUGCAGGCAGGUGAAGCAGACGGUGAAGCAGAUCUGUGACUUCCUGAAGGAGGACUGCUUCGAGACCAGCAUCCGCGUCCACAAGACCGUCAAGGGUGGCUCAGCAGGCAAGGGCACAGCCCUGCGGAACAACUCCGACGCCGACGUGGUGCUCUUCCUCAGCUGCUUCUCCAGCUACCAGGAGCAGAAGCAGGAAAGAAAGUCUAUCCUGGAUUUGAUCGAGAGAAGGCUACAUGCCUGCAGGCAGACCCUGACAUUCACCGUGAACAUUAGCGAGCCCCGGUACAAGGGUCCCGGCAAUACACCGCGCUCCCUCAGCCUCACCCUCCGCUCCAAGGAGACCUUGGAGUCCAUCGAGGUGGACAUUCUGCCUGCCUAUGAUGCCUUGGGGCAGGUGAGCCGGGAUGCCCCGCCAGACGUGGGGGUGUACGUGGGGCUCCUGGAUGCCAAUGGUGGCCCCGGGGAGUUCUCCCCCUGCUUCACCGAGCUGCAGAAGAAGUUUGUGAAGCGUUACCCUGCCAAGCUGAAGAACCUCCUGCGGCUGGUCAAGCACUGGUACAAGGAGCUGCUGAAGCCAAAGUACCCUAAUGCAGACCUGCCCCCCAAGUAUGCCCUGGAGCUGCUGACCAUCUACGUCUGGGAGGAGGGCACGGGCUCCCACGAGUCCUUCAGCACAGCCGAGGGCUUCCGUACAGUGCUGGAGCUGCUGUGCCGGCACCGGGAGAUCUGCAUCUACUGGGAGACGUAUUACUCACUCAAGCACAGCCAGAUAGGUGCCCAUGUGAAAAGGCUGCUGUGCAGGCCCCGCCCUGUCAUCCUGGACCCCGCCGACCCCACGGGGAUCCUGGGCCAAGGCAAGAAUUGGGACCUGGUGGCGCAGGAAGCUGCCCGCUGCUGUUUGCUGCCCUGUGUCAAUGCUGCCCAGCCCUGGAAUGUGCAGCCAGCCCGGCUCGUGACGAUUGAGGUGAGGCAGCUGGUAGGCACCAGCCUGAGCAUGACUGUCAGCCCGUGCACCACCAUCUGGCAGCUGAAGGAGAAGAUCGAGCAGGAGUGGGGCAUCCCCCGGUACAGCCAGCGCCUGGCGCAGCAGGAGCCAAACAGGAGCACCCUCAUCCUGCAGGACAACAAGACGCUGGCCACCCACGGCAUCUUCUACAAUACCACGCUGAUGCUGCUGCACACCAAGCCCCAGGCGAUGGAGGUCUUCGUCAAGGAUGACAAGAACCGGACCACCACCUAUACGGUGCAGCCCACUGACACCGUCCGGCAGCUGAAGGAGCAGAUCCACGCCCGGCAGGGGCCUCCCGCCGACCAGCAGCGCCUGACGUAUGGCUCCAGGGAGCUGGAGGACCGGCACAUGCUGGAGCACUACAACGUCCAGCCCAGGAGCACCAUCUUCCUGCUCCUGCGGCUCCGGGGGGGUGCGGGCCCCCAGGACCCCCAGUUCCCCGCCUGCUCACCCUCCUGA